UUGUUUCCCUUGUCUUUAUUAAAUUUAAUAAUUACCGCAGGAAGAACAUUUCAAUAUCGUCUGACUGAAAGCUUGGGGAAAGGUUCCCAGCCACGAACAAAAGAGAAUGGAACGCUUAGUCCUUGCUGUGGUGUGUCUGCUGGCCACGGCCAUGGCUCAAACACAUGUCUGUUCGACACACUCGAGUGGCUACUGUAUAAGUAUGUCUGUUGGAUGUCCGGCUGGUUAUUAUCUAAGCUACAGCGGUUGCGGUUUUCUGGAGUAUUGCUGCUACCUGAAUCCCUUUGACACAGCUGUUGGUACCACCCACCCAACAGUCUCACACGUUGGUACUACUGUGUCCAGUGUGGGAAGUGGUCACUGCGGUGUGACGGAGUACAACAGUGGGUUCAAGAUAGUAGGAGGGUCUCAAACAACAAUCACGAAGUACCCAUGGCAGGUGUCCAUCCGAGUCAAUGGUUAUCACAUUUGCGGUGGCAGCUUGAUCAAUGACCACUGGGUACUUACAGCAGCACAUUGUGUCACUGACGACAAAGAAACUAUCUACAUGAACCAAUAUUCUAUCGUGAUAGGCACCUCAAGUAGCUCAACCAAUUCCUACAGCCAUAUCUACACUGUGUCCAAUAUACUCUAUCACUCAGGGUAUAUCAAGAAUACUAAAGACGACAUCGCCUUGAUCAAGUUGAGCAGAGCUGCUAAUUUGGCAGACAGAGAUAUCCAGCACGUCUGCUUGCCAGACCCCAACGAGGACUUCAGUGGACAAGUGUGUGUAGCUACUGGAUGGGGAGAUACUUAUGAAGGUGAAAACAAUACACCUGAGAUCUUGCGUGAGGUCAACCUGCCCAUCAUAAGUCAUCAACUAUGUACUUACUAUAUGGGCAGCUUCGAGGCGGGCAUUAUAUGUGCAGGGAACCGUCUCGGUGGGGUCGACACAUGCCAGGGUGACUCUGGUGGCCCACUUGUGUGUCAGAGAAAUGGUGUCUGGAAGGUGGCUGGUGUGGUAUCAAACGGCGUGGGGUGUGCCAGACAGAACCAGUUUGGAUUCUAUACAGAGGUCUCUAAGUAUAUCUCGUGGAUUCAAGGGACCAUCACCCAGCACUAAAAAAAAUGGAUUAUUAAUUAAAUUCUGGAUUCUCGAUGAGAUUUAUUUAUAAAGAGAAAGAAGACAUGAUGCUUUUUGUAACCUGUGGCUACAUAUCUAUAAAAAUAUAUAAAAUAACUAAAAUA